ACCAGCUUCAUUGAAUUCAAUUUUAUUGACAUUAUUUAUGAAACAGUGAAAAAACAAUAUUCAAAUCCACUAGAAUGUCGGAACUGAGGACAAAUAAUAUGAAUUUCAUUAAUAUUUAUAAACCGGCUCAGCGCUAUUCAUGAAGGGAGACAAAAUCUGCCCAAGGUAAUUUAAUCAGCAACAGAAGUUUUUUGCUAGUAGUCAAGACGUGUUCACCUCAGAUCUGCGAUUCGGAGUUAGUCAUUCAAAAGUUUCGGUGGAAGCGCGAAGAUAUGAAUCCAGUUUGUUAGGAUGUUUUAUGUUCGCGAGUGUUAGAAUAGCAACACUAGUCUGCGCAGUUUGAGGUGCAUUAGUGUGCGUGAAGUUUAGUGUACCUAGUUUACAAGAUGAGAGCUGUCAAAAAACUGACAAACUUUGGAUUAGUGAUAUAUGGUUUGCUGAGUUGUGUAUUGUUUCAACAUGUUUCUGCAGAUUCUUUCUACAGAGCCUACUACAGCCAAAUGAGGCUGGACCUUGUCACCAGGUUGCAGCAACUGGGAGUGCACGGUCAUAUUGAUAUUUUUGGCAAAAAUAAAUUGGGUCUGUACAUUCCAACUGACUCCAUCAGUCCACAAUGUCAGGAGCACAGUCAACUGUACUUGAAAGGAGUCGAACAGUAUGAGAGAUGGGCUUUGGAAAUGCUGGAUUCAUCAGGGAAAGUACCCUCUGGUCUGUUUAACGGUAACGUUCAAGACUUGGGCAACUUCGAGCAAUGCCUGGAAUCGGUCACAAUCGCUCCAUACAAUGUCCAGUACUGCGCUCUAUGGAUCAAGAACUUGCACAAACUGCCAGAUACUGAAGAAGAUUCACCACCCGCAGUAGGUGGAGUGGACAUGUUUCGGCCAUAUUUGGAGAUUGGUAUCUGUCUGCCAGCGUCUUGUAAAAAAGCUGACAUAAUGUCUCAUUAUAAUAACAUGUUGACUCCCUACAACAUGUCAAUCGAUCUGAAUAAGUAUGCUUGCACUGUGGCCAACGAGCGGGAUCCACUUACUUAUCCUGACAUAUUUUUCUUGAUAAUUUUGGCAGUAACAGUGACCCUGGGCAUUGCCGGAAGCUAUCUGUCCAUUUUCAAUCCGAACCCGGACUCGAAACCAGGUUCCCUUGCAAAACUCCUGUCUUGCUUCUCUUUUUACGGAAAUGCGAAAUCACUGAUAACUCUGACAAGUUCAAAGGAGCCUCUGAUGAUCCUGCAUGGAAUGAAAUGCAUAUCAGCUCUGUGGGUGAUGUUGGCCCAUGCAGCUAGCUUCAUGUUUAUUUUCCCAAUGAUGAAUAUGAGCACCGCUUUGAAGUUUGUAUCGGACCGUCUAACUUCUAUGGUUAUGGUGAAGGGUGAGCUGGCUGUAGAUUCCUUCUUCUUCAUAACUGGAGUUCUGGUCUUCUACAUGGCCAACAAAUCCCUCAAAAAAGGCACACGAUUUUAUAUUCCCUACUUCUACUUCUCCCGUUUUAUUAGGUUAGCACCAGCUUACUACAUGCACAUAUUAAUCAUACUGACGGUUGUGAGGUACAUGAACGGGGGACCCAUGUGGAAGUAUCACGUGUUGACUCCCAGGGAUAACUGCUACAAAUCUUGGCCUUACCAUUUGAUAUUUGCCAACAAUUUUAUCAAUACCGAGGAACAGUGCACACCUACAGACUGGUACGUAGCAAUUGACAUGCAGCUCCAUAUUUUGGCACCACUACUGAUGAUUCCGCUCUUCAAAAGUCGGAAGUGGAUGUCGCACUUCCUACUUCCAUUCAUCAUUUUGGUGGGAUCUCUGGCCCUGGGUGCAGUCACCUACAUUAACAACUUCCCUGCUACAUUCAUGAAUGAUAGAUUAUCAUUCAGACCCAAAUCAUUCACAGAUGAGUAUGUGCUAACUUAUUUGAGGUUCACACCAUAUGCUAUUGGAAUUUUAACAGGGUACAUACUGUCUAAAGGGAAGUUGAAGAUUUCCAAGACACUAGCUUGGCUGGGAUGGUUGGUGACGUCAUCACUACUAGGUGUUGUGCUAUGGAUGUCGUGGUAUGUCCACCAGGAGACAGUGCUCUAUGACAGAACCAUCGCUGCUCUACACAAUGGAAUGCAGAGGACUGCAUUUGCGCUGUUUUUGGCGUGGAUUGUACUUACAUGCGAAUUUGGAAUGGCAGGUCCCCUCAAGAAACUACUGAGCUGGAAACUUUUUCAACCAAUGAGCCGAUUAUCUUACGCAAUUUAUCUCACCAGCUCUGGACUUCAAUACUCGAUGGCUUCAUCUAGACUACAUUCAUAUGCUUUCAGUGAAACUGAGAUUUACAGAGAUCUAUGUGGCGAUAUAGUCUAUGCUGUGGGCAUAGCAUUUAUAUUCUGUCUACUUUUUGAAGCGCCCUACGUCAAAUUGGCCAACCUGGUAUUCAAUAGAAAUAAUACGACAGAGAGGACAGUAAAAAGAAGAAGGAGCGGUAAUAGCCAAUAUGUUUUACAAGAAGCAGGAGCUGUGGUCAAUAACACUUGAAUGUGAAUAUAGCUUAGUUUGUAAAGACGAACUGUAAUAUAUUAUCUUUAUUCUGUGAAUAAA